GGAGCAUGUAUUUUUCCAUAUGCUCCACAGUCACGUCCGUUUUCAUGACAGUUUUUUACGGCGCCCACAGCGACAAGGGCGGCAGGAGACUUUCCCUUCUCCUUCCAAUAAUCGGCAGUCUUAUAAAACUAGUUGGCUAUGUCAUAGGUAUUUAUUUCAAAUGGCCUCUUUGGGCACUGCUACCAAUAUCUUUCAUAGAAGGUUUAUUUGGGCUGGAUGCUACUGCUUUAAUGGCUGCCUUCGCUUACCUCGCAGACAUUUCUACAUCCAAAAACAAGGCGGUAAGAAUCUUCAUUGCAGAGUCAUCCAUCAUAUUUGCAGCCGCCGUUUCGAAUAUGAGUGUUGGAAUAUUGAUCAAAGCAUUCCCAACCUUUGUCGAACCUGCAGCGAUGUUAGUGGGAAUUAUACUGUUAGCUCUCUUAUACACUAUAGCAUUCCUACCGGAACUUGGGGAGAAAGAUCCCUCGGCAAAAUUAAUCGACUGCUCAAAUGCUUUAAAAGUCGGGAAACUUUUCCUUCAUGGAGCAGAUGAAAAAGGUACCGGGCGGGUAUGUGCAUUGGCAGGGCUAUUCGCCAUGCGCAGUUGGAUAAAAAUGUCGGAAGUCACCGUUGCCAUGGUUUCCUGUAUAAGCACAUUGGGUGCAAGAAUUAUGUUAGCCUUGGCGCAGACAGAUACCUUCAUUUACAUUGAGACCGCUGUCGGGUGUCUUUUCAUGCUGGCUGUACCCAUGUUAAGAACAGUGCUGUCGAAACAAGUAACAAAUCAAGAACAAGGUGCGCUGUUCGCCAGUAUAUCGUUCAUGGAGAACGCAGGUGGUCUCAUUGGGAGCGUAGUACUUAAUAGUAUAUACUCAGGAACGGUGGCGUGGUUCCGAGGAUUCUAUAUACAGCUACAGAAUUCGCGGUUCUGGGCUCAAAAUGUUCGGAAGACAGGUGUGACAGGGAUGCUAAUCCUAGGAAUGGAAGUCUGGGCUCCCAUAUAA